AAUCGACUAGGGGCGGGCUCGUCCGAGUAAACAGCUGAUCCGCGGCUGGUUGUUGUUGUUAACGUUGUUGUUGUUGUCAUCGUCGUUGUUGUUGUUUUAAGCGUCCGAGCUCUCUCCUCGUUUAUUCAUCGACGCGGGCGACGGUUCAAGCGGGAGCGCCGCGUCCCGACAGCCUCGUAAGUUGAAACGAAUCGUGGAUUUAACCAACGCAGCAGCAGCAGCAUCAGCACCACCAUCAAGGGGCCAGAUGUGGGCCACUUGACCAAUGGACUCAAGCCUCUUGAUUCUUUCGGUGCGCGCGUAGGUGCCUGCCUGCCCAUGGGGAGUCUGUGCUUCCCUUGUCUGGGUGGGCAGAACGGGGACCAGGAGGACACGCAGGACUUGGAGCUAAGAAGAGCGCAGUUGGCGGCGGCGGCAGAGAAGAGGAUCCAGGAGUCGUCUGCCCGUGGCAUUAAAGACCCCGAGGGGGUGGCGCGCAAGAAGAAGCAGCGGGAGGAGAUGGAGCGUAAGUUGGCGGAGGAGGCGCGCUCGCCCGGGGAAGGAGGAGGCCUUGCGGGUGAGAGCGCGAUGAAAACACUUUCUCGGUGA